AUUACUGUGUUUGAUUUGUGUAGCGAAAUUAAUUCGUGAAAUCGAUCAGCUGAGCACAAAUACAUUUCUAAUAGAAAACUGUGCAAACGAAGUAAUACUUUACAAAACGCGAACUUUCAGAGCUCACAUCAAAGCUUAUUAUAACGCCCAUCAUAUUGAGUCAUUAGUCAAACACCAGUAAAUUUAACACUUGCUUUCAAGGUUGCAUCAAUAAAAAACCUAAACAGUUCUUGGAAUAUAAUGGUGAUAUUUUAAAAAUGGCCGAGGAAAACGAUCGUGAUUGCGGGAGGAGCGGACCGAAGAAUUGUUUGCUGAAAAUCGUGAUUUUGGGAGAUGGUGGGGUAGGCAAGUCCUGUCUAAUGAGCCGAUUCAUUUCGAACCACUUCGAUGAUCACAGCUUCCAUACUAUUGGUGUGGAGUUCAUGAAUAAGACCAUAGAGGUGAAUGGGAGGCAGUAUACUUUACAAGUAUGGGACACAGCAGGCCAGGAGCGUUUCAAAUCUCUCCGGACGCCGUUCUACCGUGGCUCGGACAUAUGCAUACUAGCUUACUCUGUGGACGACCGGAGUUCGUUCCAGAAUGUCAAGAUGUGGCUGAACGAGUUCUUACACUACGCGGCUGUGAAGAAUGGCGUCGAAAAGUUCCCGUUCAUGGUCGUAGGAAACAAGUCAGACGUGACGUCACGCGAGCGAGAGGUGACAUACGAGCAGCUGAAGCAGCUGUGCGCAGAGAACAAGAUAGCAUCGUACAUAGAGACAUCGGCCAAGAGCGAUAACAACGUCAUCGAGGCCUUCACUAUGGCUGUUCAAAGAUGGGUGGAGCUCGAGCAAGUCGCCGAAAAAGAAAUGGGCAUGCUCGAAAACCCAGACUCCAUCACGUUACAUGGCGACCGCGGCGCGUCGAACCUGCGAGCGACUUGCUGCUCUCGCUUCACCGACGCUUGAACCUUGAAACCAGUACAUUCCGCGCCGAUCUAUAAAGGUUAUAAUCCCUUGCAUGUCCGAAUGCGACGUAAAGAUAAGUGGUAACUUCGGCGAAGUUUAAAACUUUCUUACAAUAUUAAUAAUGGUUGCCGAUUAUUGUCCCAUUUAAGGACCAUUUUGUAUAGUUGAGGUUUACUAGAAAGAAAUGGGCCCGUUACAUUACAUGGCGACCGCAGCGCGUCCAAUCUGCGAGCGACAUGCUGUCUUCGUUCAGCGACGCUUGAAAGUCAUUUAGAUCAUUCCGCGUUAACCUCCUAAGGCCCAAGGUCCUACAUAUAGUACCUCUUCAGUUGGAUGAAAUUUAAAUCCUAUUCAAUUGGAACAGAGUCGCUUUUACUUUGUUUCGUAAAAUUUUCUAACAACCCAAAGGCAACUCUAUUUCCUACAUUAUGGGUUCAGAUUUCAAUGGUAAAUUUAGGAUUUUUCGUUUGUAUGGCUGUGUCUUAGGAGGUUAAUGUUAUAAUCCCUGGCAUGAAUUACCGAAUGAGACAUGUUCAAUUGUUAAUUUCGGCGGAGUUAAAAACUGUCUUGCAAUGCUUUAAAGUCUCCAAUUCGGCCUAUGAAAGAAUUAAAAUAGACAAGACGGUUAAAACCGUCUGCGGGAAAUUCCGUACAUACCGACAGUUUUUUGUCAACUGUCCGUUAUGUUUUUGACUGCUGGAACUUAAAGCAUUCGAUUAUUAUGGACGAAGUUAAAAAUAGUGUGUGUGUAUUUCCCUCAGCCGAAUUUUCCAAGUAGACAUUACUUAGAAAUUUGAUUAUAAUUUCCUUUAAAAAUUGUAUGUAAAAUAUUACUUCGCUGCAAUAUUUUAUUUCCACGCUGACCAAAAACAAAAAGAUGAGUUAAACUUACUUAUAUUAGUAUAUUGUACGUUCUGGUAGUGAUAUGUGAUUCAAUCACGGGUUUCGUCAAACGAAACCGUUUGGUAAAAUCUAUUUAAGCUGAGAUAAUGAAUGUAGGCUUACACAUUCAAUGCCAGCGACCCGCUAUGCGUGUUCUCUGCUCGUAGGCGCUUUUCGCUACAUACGGUUUUUCCCGUGUUACCGGCUACGCUCAUAGCGCGUAGCUCGCGCUGGCACUGAAUGUGUUAAAAGAAAUUGAGGGAUGAUGUUUGGUUCAUACAAUAACUUCGAUUUUGAAGUUACUUUCUCUACAGUCUAAUUUUCAAUGAAACUAAUAUGUAUACAUAAUUUUUCAGACAGUAGUGUACAAUAAGCAGACUUUAAUCUCGUUUUACACCUACGGAAACUUUGUAUUUUGGUGUUACUCGGAAAAUAAAAGAUUGCGAUUUUUAUUUUUAGUUGGUCGGAUUAUUCGGGUCUACCUGUAUAGAAAAAAAAGAGCUUGUCUAUUAAAAAAAAUCGUUCAAGAUUGCAAGAGAAAGCAGUCGUGAACACAACAAUAAUAAAUGUAUGAACUAUAAACUCCAUCUUAUAAUUCUUUUAUACUCGAUAUUUAAGAUUUUUAAUUAGUGGUCUAACGGACCCCAGGCUCCCAUGAGCCUUUCGCGCGGAUAACGGCAGUAGAAGGGGAUUUAAGAUUAUUUUUAUAUGUAGGUUAUUAUUUGCUUCAUAUAGGUUGUAUUGCCAAGAGUUUAUUUACUUAUUUAUUUGCACGCUUAAGUCAACAACAUUAAAUGUAUACUCUUAUAUUAUAUAUACCUACUUAUUGCGUUUAGGGUAAGAGGCUAUUUUGUUUGUGCACAUGAUUGAAUGAAAACAUUACAGUUUUCUGUAUAGAUAAUAGAUUUGUUCUUAUUGAAACUGUUUUCGAAUGCGUAUUAAUGUUGUUGAUUAUUCAAGUAUAGGCACAUUGUACAUAACGUAAGAAUGCCGACCCCAAGUGAAUGGGAAAAGGGCAAGAGAAUGAUGAUGAUAACGUAAGAAUGUCGUUUACAAUACAACUGACACUAAUAAAAAAACAUUUAGGGGAGAUAGGGGACUAUAGGGUAUUAUACUGUAUUUAAAAUAAAUUAUAUUACACCAAGCAUGAAAUAAAGCACCAGAUAAUUAUUAGAAAAACACAGAUAAGAGUAAUGUUUAAACACAAGUUCUGUUUAAUAAAUCGGAUAGAAAAUUUAAAAAGUAGGUGAGUUGACCGUGACGUCACGACGUAAUGUUUCAUAUAAAUUCCAUAUUAGCAAAUCGUUUUGAUUUGACAGUUCUAAAAAAGUUACUGAUUUGACUAGUAGGAGAAUACCCUAUUGGGCAGUCGGGACGCUCCUUGUAAAUCGUCCUGUAGCCGUACCAUGAGUCACUGACUGUGUCAAAACUGACAUACGCUAACGCCUAAAUAAUUUACUUACUACACAUCCCGCUCGCACUAAUAUGCGAGCACUAGCGAGUCAAUAUUACACUGUGUUAAACGUCUAUAAUACCCACGGUUAAUAUAUAUAUCAACAAAAUCCAUUGAUCUAGUUAUUAUUAGCAUUCCUACUUAAAAUAUGAACCCCAAUAUUGAGACCAGAACUAUCGCUUAAAUGUAAUGUAUAUUUUAAGACUCAUUGCAUAGCUACAGGGUGUUGCUGACCAUCGGGUUUUAAAUCCAGGGCUCGAUUCUACUUACUAAACUGAGCUACUUUUAUUAUGGCACCAACCCCGAAAUCUCGAUUUUUUUUACUGUUUCAUACAUUUGGUCUCAUCAGAUGUCGACGUUUUCUAUGGAGAAGCUAAAAAAAAUUCCCCGAUUUUAGGGUUGGUCCCAUAGUAAAAGUAGCUCUGUUUAGCGAGUAAAAUCAAGGCCUGGAAUUAAAGCCCCAUGGUCCUACACAUACUGUAUAUUAUCUAUAUUAUGUAUAUACAUACUAAGGGCAUACUGAAAAUUCCUGGACUGGCCACUUAGAAAAAACAAGUCCUCAGAAUCCAGAAACUUUCAGUAUGGCCCACGCAUAGACUAGGAAUCCUCUAGACCGAGUUUAGAGCAAUUAUUUCAUGCAACCGAUGAUGCCAAAAAUGCGGGGGUGCGCGGGACGAGGUGAGCGAAGUCCCGUGCCGUGAUUGGUCCGUUCAAAGACACGGACGUCACACAAAGGCACUUUCAGCUCGAACAUGGAGUAAAAUUACCGUAUGCGUGGCAGGGGAGGUAGCGCGACUAUGCUCAGUCUGGAGGAUGUUUUGUCUGUGGGCCCACGUAAUAAAUCCCGUUUUAUAACAGGGUCUAGCCUAAAGACGCACAUGCUGUAUAUCACGGAUUAACAUAUCAUUGCGGAACAAAUACUGCGCCUAAGAUGGCCUACUUGCAAAAUCUCAUACUUUUAUAUUAUACGUGUGAAUGGAUUCAAGUAGUCGUUAUUGCUCUUGAGUGUACCAUUAAUUUAUAGAAAAUAAUCUCAGAACUGAAAUAAAUAAUUAGCGAGGCUACUUAAACCCUUUCGAUUAUUUGGAUCUAAGCAAAUUAUAAACGGAGCCAAUAAAAUCUUUUAUCUUGGCAAAAAUACCUAAAAAUAAAUGUUUUAUACCCGUUAUACGCGGCGAAAUUUUUACAAUUUUACAUUUUUUUUUUUGCGUGCUUAUUGUGUAUUUCGGUUGUGAACGCGCUUAAAUUGUUAAUUAGGUUAUGAGUUUUUCAUCGUUAAACUGCACCAAGAGAUUAGGUUUAGUGUCGAUUCGAGGAACACUUGUGAUUUUCUUAACAUAAAAUCUAAGAAUUGUACCAAAAUAAACAUUCCGUUGUAUUUGACAUAGACUCGUAGUUAUUAAAAGCAGGAAUAUUACUUAUAAGCUGUACCUACUGUAAUAAUAAAUGAUGGCGAUCUAAGUAAAAUAAUGCCAGGGAUACACGAGCCGACAAAUGUCCCACAACUUGUGUCGACGACAAGUCAAACGAAAUCCGCGCGAGGUCGUAACACAGUAGCGACGUGUCGCGCGCUGAUUGCCAGACAUGUCGAGAGAAGUCCGGUAAUGUUGCUGCGCCUAACUCACCCGACGUCGCUGUCCUCUAGUGUAGCCCUGGCUUAAUGUUUUAAUAAGACUCCUCUUUUUGGAAGUUGGUUAAAACAUUUUUGAAGGUACUUAAUAAACCGUGUCUAUUUGUAAUGUAAUAGAUACUUACAAAGUUCGUAAGUGGGUUAAUUUUGGAAAUCGCUAAUAUCUUUUAAACCCAAUUUCAUGUUUUGGCAACACAAAAGGUGCAACGUUUAUAGUGCGACAUAAAAUAGUAGAAAUUAAAUAAAAUAGAACUAAAAUUUACAUCAAAAAUGUGACAGUUACGUAGGAAGUGGAGCCCUCGAUAAUUUUCUACGAUUUUUGUCGGAGUAUAACCAGUAGGUUUCUUGUUACUGUUACUACAGUAAAAAAUGUAUCCAGUUUAUUAGAAAUUUUCAAUUCAAAAUUAUCUCGGUUUCUAAGUUAUCCCAAUGCAAAAUUAAAAUAACUUUACUGUCUUUUCACGUAGAUCACAUGACUGGUUGAUACAUACUUUUAAGUACCUAUACUAUUGUACAUAAUUUACUCUUCAGACAAUAUGAUGAUGGUGUUGAGGGCUUAAUAUAAUUUUACUUUCCAUAUUAAAUAUGGCAAAAGAGCUUAUCAAUGUAUUAUACUCAUAUGGCUUGUAUAGCAUAGAUGUACCUAAUGUAUAUUAAUAUUUAUAUGUAUAUGGAUAAUCAAUGUAAUCUCGAAAUGAACCCUAUGGAUUUGCAUCAAAAGGACCAUUUCCGUGAGCAGUCAAACCCGGAUAAGUGAGUGAUUUUAUUUAUGUUCUGAACAAUUUUUAUAUGACAUUAUAAACUCUAAACAUGAUCAGAUUCACCAUCAAAUCCUUUGGGUUGCUCGCAAGUCCCUAUAAUGUGUAUUCAGGUAAUUUCGAAAAUGAUUACGGGUGGUUUUCGAAAUCACCCGAUAUUGUGAAGUAUUCGGAUUCAUUCUUAUACGAAUACUGUACAGUCAGCAGCAGAAGUUGCUAAGCGGCUGAGGUGUUCAAAAUUAACAAUAAUGCCGCGUCAACAUCAUUUUGAACACCUUGUCCGCUUACCAACUAUUGCUGCUGACUGUACCAGCCAAUUAAGUCACCUUCGUGUAUUAUCUUUUGUAGUUACUGUUUUGUAGUUGUCGCGAGGGACUCCAUACGUCUAACGCCCACUUGCACCAUCCCAGUAAUCCGGGAUUAACCGGUUAAACCGGUAAUCCAGUGUCAAAUUGUACUGGUAACCAUGGAAACUUUAGGUUUAAGGUUAGGCUUUUGGUGCAAGUGGCCCUAAGUGAUUCAAAUAUUCAUAUAUCUGUCACCGGUAGUAGGCUUUGAUUAUGUAAGCGAAUGUUGUUAGUUUUGGUUUGAGUCUUAUCUCUUUCAUGUGUGCGAUGUGUGUGUGUGUGUUUGUGUGUGUGUGUGUGUGUGUGUGUGUGUGUGAUGCGUGUUACUUAAGUAUAUGUUUUUACUACAUAUCUAUUUGCGAGUUCCUGUAAUUGGCUCUAUAUAUCUAUUUAUGAUUCCAUUGUCAUUUAGUUAGCUGUUGGAUCUCCUUAUGUAAAUAAAUAAAUAAAUAUGAAGAUUAUGAAGUUGCUCGCGACAACGCAAGUCCUACUAAAGCCAGCAUACACAGCACACACUGUCCCAGUCCAUUUGUGUCCAGUGCGUGCACAGCAUAGGUACAGUCGCCAUCAGAUAUAUCGGAGCGGCCAGGGUGCUCAAAAAUAUCUGAACACACGCUCUAACGCCUUGACAAUAGAGGCGUGUUCAGAUAUUUGUGAGCACGUCGGUCGCUCCGAUAUAUCUGAUGGCGACUGUACACUGGGCACAAAUGUCCCGUGUCGCCACAGUGACGUCGAGUGAAAGGACGCGACGUUGCUGGACUUCGCUCGACAUGUUUUGUUUGCAACAGCACGACACGCAAUGUCGCCAGUGUCAUGACCAUAAUAGCGACAUUCCAUUUCCAACGACAGCAGCACUACCAUUCAUUUUACUAUAGAAAUUGACAAUAACACCGACGCGUUCGUACUAGUAGUGCAGCUGCGGUCAGAAAUGGAAUGUUACCCUUAGUCGAGCGAUGUCGCCAGAUAUAUCAAACGAAAUCGCUCUAUUUGUCGCCGACACAUGUCGCGAGACAUUUAAUUGAUGCCUAAGUGUAUCUCUGGCUUAAUCCUUCGUAUGCCUUUGCCAAAAAUUUGGCACUAAUUUAAUAACCUUGAAAUUGUAUGUUACAGUUGUGUGGUUUGUACUUCCAUUACUGUAAUUUAUUUUUGUAAACCUGUGUUGUGUACAAUAAAGUGAUUACUACUACUACUACUACUACUACUACUACAGUCCAAAUUAUGUGGUACAUGCAUCUCAGGACUGGCCUUACUGGCAAUAAGUAUGGGGCAUGAAUGGGGCCAGUACAGCGCAGCGGUGUGACACCGCUGCAGCGCGAUUGGUUGACGAGUUUGCUUUAGACUGCACAUUUGGCUCGAAUUCGUGAGUGACACCGCUGAACUAGUACCAUUUUUAGUGCCCGAAAGGCCCGUCCUUAGACAUAAGUCAAUGGUGGUACGUAUACGGGACAAGGCAUAAGAAAGGUUAACCUCCAGCCGCCCAGAGACCUAUAAAAGGUCUCCUGUUCCAUUCUAAUUAGAACUUUGUGGUGACAAAAUAAAAUUUCAUUUUGCUUGGCAAGGUUUGACGUAUGGGCGGCUAGAGGAUAAGGUACCUAAUGUAGAGGUGUGCCUAAUGUAUCUCUGUCUUAAGCGGUCGGAAUAUAUCCGAACCGUAGAAAUCUCAUGUAAAUAAGCAAUGUCUAGAAGAUUGUACUCGUACAUGUUAUCCAAGUCAAUAAAUGCAAUGGUAAUGGUAA